UUGGGGUUUUGUUUUUUAGGAGGCGCGUUUUGGGGCACUGUUCCUCAUCCCCCUUCGCCGUGCCGAGCGUCCCCGGCCCUCCUGGCGGRUUGCGGACCGGUUUUCCCGCUUCCCUCGCGGAGGAGGCCGGUGGUACCGCCGGGGCCUGCUCGCGCCCUGUUCGUCCCCAGAGGCAGCGAAGGCGCCUUCCCUUCCUUCUGGCCCAGGCCGUGGCGCCGACAGGGAGGCAGAGAACGGGGCAGGGAAAAUGCCAAAUARUAAGAAAAUGGCUGGGAAAAAAGCCCCUGCAAAGAGAAAACUUGCUGAAGUGUUUGCUCUGGGGGAGGUUCUAGCAGAUACAUCACGAAAAGAAUGGAAAUUAGGUGCUCCUAUAGGGCAGGGAGGCUUUGGACGCCUAUACAUUGCUGAUGUUAAUUCUUCAAAGUCGGUUGGCAGUGAUGCCCCUUAUGUUGCGAAAGUGGAACCCAGCCAGAAUGGACCUCUUUUUACUGAGUUAAAGUUCUACAUGAGAGCUGCUAAGCCAGAUGAAAUUCAGAAGUGGACUAAGUCCCAUAAACUGAAAUAUUUAGGUGUACCAAGAUAUUGGGGUUCUGGCUUGCAUGAAAGGAAUGGAAACAGCUAUCGAUUUAUGAUAAUGGACCGAUUUGGCAGAGAUCUUCAGAAGAUGUAUGAAGAGAAUGCAAAGCAAUUUUCCCGUAAAACUGUACUACAAUUAGGCCUGAGAAUACUUGAGAUUCUGGAAUACGUCCAUGAGCAUGAAUACGUGCAUGGAGACAUCAAGGCCGCUAAUCUCCUUCUGAGUUACAAGAACCCUAAUCAGGURUACUUGGUGGAUUAUGGACUUGCUUACCGAUAUUGUCCUGAAGGAGUUCACAAAGUAUAUAAAGAAGAUCCCAAAAGGUGCCAUGAUGGAACAAUUGAAUAUACCAGUAUUGAUGCACACAAGGGUGUGGCACCUUCGAGACGUGGUGAUCUGGAGAUUUUGGGUUACUGUAUGAUUCAUUGGCUUAGUGGUCAUCUACCGUGGGAAGAUAACUUGAAAGAUCCAAAUUUUGUCAGAGACUCAAAAAUUAGAUGUAGAGAUAAUAUUUCCAUUUUGAUGGACAAAUGCUUUCCUGGAAARAAUAAACCAGGUGAAAUAGCCAAAUAUAUGGAAAAGGUGAAGCUACUGAGCUAUGAAGAGAAACCUGUUUAUCAGCAUUUCCGAGAAAUACUUCUGCAAGGUCUUAAGGCCAUUGGACAGAAGGAUGAUGGAGUCCUUGACUUUGGCUUGGCAGAGAAUGGAGACUUUCAAAGAAAUCCUAGAAGAAGAAAGGCAGCAGCUGCRGUCAGUGAGAGCACUGAGGCGGAAAUGGAAGAUUCAGGAAGUCCAAAAAAAAAAAAGAAAGCUGCUCCUUCUAAUGCAGUUGCUACCAGAACCCAGCAGACCUCACCAAAACCCAAGAAAAGCACAGCAGCCAGAAAGAGAGUCCAGAAGUAAAUAAUAUAUGGAGCGCAAAUUAAGUUGCUCUUUGGCUCAUUUCUGGGAGGUUUUUUUUGUAGCACUGGAAUUUUUUCUUUCCUUUUAAAUGACAAAUCCUGUAAAAACAYGGACUGCUGUUUGUACCUGUUUUUGAAGAAUAAAUGUUUUAUUAAAAUAUUUGCAUAAUUUAUGUGUACUUAAAUACUAAUGCAAAAUUUUGCCAACUUUUGAAGUGGGGAUGCGUUUUUAUUCUUAUAUACACAAAUUCAUGCCUUAAAGGCAAACUAAAAGAGAGUGCUUUUUCUGCUUUAUAAUGUAGAGAUAAAGCAUUAUUUAAUAGUUUCAUGAUGGAUACUGUAGAAGAAACAACCGUGUUGCAUCUGACUUCUUCCAGUUUUGAGUAAAGUCAUAUUGGUGAUCCCUUAGAUAAACAUUGAGAUGAAGUCUGAAAAAGCAGAAAUAGCUUUUAAAUAUUUUUCAAGUUUUGAAUUAAAAUCAGAACUUAAGGCAAAAAUCAUAUCCUUCCAUUCUAGUUUGUAUAAAAUGCAUUUAAAGAAUUCUUUGGAAGACAGGUACUGAAUUUUAGCCUUUUUUUGCAUAGUAUUUGUGUUUAUUACACUUUCCAAUUAUUCACAGUUUCUCUGGAAAGAAGGAGACCAGAAUUUCAAAUAAAGGGCCCAGGGCAAAGGAAAGAACCAACCAAAAACCAAUGCUUAUUCUCAACCACCCUCUCAGGUUUUCUUUUUAUAUUAGCAAAAAGACUAGAAAAGUUAUACUUGUGAGUAACUUUGUACAGUAUCUAGUUCCAGUGAAAUAUUGUCUCACAUCUGCUUCUCAUAGCAACAAUGGUUUACAUGCUCCUCAAGUAUUAAAAAAGUUAAUCUUCCAAAUCCUUUUGUAAAAGCACUUUCCUGCUUAGCUUUGAGUCCUCUCUUCAGAGUUCUACGUCAAGUAAUAGAGAGAAUUUCAGUGUGAAACACUUCUACCUUUUAUAUGUUUACUGCAACAUAAACAUAAUAAGGCAGGAACAUCAUUCUUAUCAGGGUAACUGAAAGUUUGGCAAACCAAAAGGAAUCCUUAUGAGCCAGUGAGAGGUGGAGUGUCCAGCUUUCUUGAUUGUAAAAUAACUGAGUAGCUACUCACACAAAUAAAUAUGUUGUAGCAUGAAAUGUUGAAUGAAUGAAUGAAUGAAUGAUGUUUUGUAACAAUGGAAUCUGUUGUUUUGAAAUAAAACUGGAAUAGCAUAUUUAAAGGUGCUUUCUCAUUUCUGUUGACUGUUGGGCUCAUUUUCAUGGGUAUUAGCAAAGAGGCUGACAACUUUAGCACAGCAUUCUCUUCAUUUCAGAUGUAAAAAUAGGACUGCUAAAGCCUCUCUCAUGUUUAAAACUCAAAUCAAGCUAUCAUUUUAAUGACUUUGUUUAAUCAUUUUAUUCAGAAAGUAUGUUACACUGUUCUGAAUAGCUAUUGUCAGGAAGGCAUACUGUAUUCUGUUCCUUGUCACAUACUCAAAGUUAAUGUCAUUCUUUUGUACUUUGGUUGUUAGACAUUUUAUUUUUUAGUAACUUAUUUAUCAGUAAACUUCCUUUCAUUAC